UUGGACGAAAUCUUGUAUAUUUUUCCUCCAAAAGUAACCUAAAUACACGAAAACCACAGUGUAUUCAUGAAAAACCUAUUGUCCAUGCUCAUCUUCAAAAGUUAAUAAAAUGAACAGUGCGGUACCUGGUCCCAAAAGGCCCGCACCGUGCCGAUAUUUCUUCAAUAGUGGGACUUGUUUUUAUGGGGACGAAUGUCAAUUUCUUCAUGAUCCUUCUCGGCUGAAGCAAAGACAGUUCGCAGCUGGCAGAUCAACCCCUCCGUUUGACCCCACUGGCGAGAUGCCUGUGACAUCAGAAGCAAAUAACGGAGAUCAGUUUUUCAACGCAACAUUCAGUACUGGUAAUGGCUUGCCGUUCAUAGGAGCACAGCCAAAUACUGCUACAGGGAACAAGGGGAGUGCUAACAGGUCAACUGCCACGACUUUGGCCACUGCCGGCAUGAACACUGGGGUGAUGACAACCGCAACAACAUACAGUGACAAUCCCAAGUUUGCCACAUCAACCUACAGUGCGGAGAAUGCCAAAUAUGCUGCACAGGCCACAUCGACGUACAGUGGGGACAAUGCAAAAUAUGCUGCACAGGCACCCUCAACAUACAGUGGGGACAACGCAAAAUAUGCGGCACAGGUGUACAGUGAAAACGCUAAGUACGUUGCGGCUGCAGCAAGCUACGGCGAGAACCCAAAAUACGCCACAGCAUACAGUGACCACCAGAAAAUAGGGGUCGCAGCAGUCUAUAGCGACAACCCAAAGUUAGGGGGUACGACGGUGUACCAUGACAACUCAAAGUUUGCCCCGUCAAGCUAUGCUGAGAACCCAAAGUUUGCAGCGUCGACGUUCAGUGACAACCCUAAAUUCCUGGCCACGGCCUAUGGCCCAGGUGACAACAUGAAAUAUGCUACAACCAGUUAUAGUGAUACCCCGAAAUUUGCCGGCACCGCCUAUGAAAACCAAAAGUUUGCGGCUGCACCAUACAGUGACAACCCGAAACUGUUUUUGUCACCGGCGAAAGGCUCGGACCAAGAAACUGCAGCUAUGGUGAACUCGUUUGCUGGGAUGAACGUGAAUGCUCAUGGAGAGAACGAUUUUAAGGGAGUGAACCCAGGUGCUAGUGAAUUCAUCCCGAAGUCUGCGACGCUGUCACACAGUGCUAGUACGCCCUCCUUUGCUUCCAUGGUCCCUGUCACCACAGCCAACCAUGUAGGACAACACAAUGUGCUUCAUCGUAACUCUUACUCUCCCAACAACACCAGUCAAGCAUCUUGGGCUGAUCACAAUAAACUAGUGAUGCCCAUGUCGGCCGGGACAAGCCCCGUGCACAGUCCUGGUCUCUCGCCGAAUCAUUCCCCUCUCUCACAACGGAGGAACAAAUCGCCAAAACCACUCAAUAUCAACAAUGCGAACGCUGCAAAUGAGAAUGCAACAAUACAGGAAAACGUUGGAGGCACCACAUACUUCUAUACAUCUGAGGAGCUCGCUGCCCAGUUACAGGGGGUGAUGGUGUCAACAGUGAGCAUGUACCCGGGUGUGCCAGCCCAUGUCGCCCACUUGAAGCCGAAACCAAACAUGGUUGGGUUCGGCAUGUCUGAAGAACAUAAACUGGAGAUCUUGAACAAGCAGGCUCUAACACUCAUGCAGAUUGAUCCUGAACAAAAUCCAGACAUCCCACAUGAAGUCGACAAUUAUCAAAAUCUGUUCCCACUCGAACCACCCCAGUCAAGUGCUCUGCAGAAGUCCUCAACAUUCGGUUAUCCUACUACGUGCUACAAGGCAACUUGUACGAAAGAUGGCCUCGUCUACUGCCUGCGACGGAUACACGGUUACCGACUGACGAGCACCAAGUGUAUGGCCGUGAUAGAUCUAUGGAAGAAGAUCCAACACACAAACAUCGUACAACUUCGAGAAGUGUUUACUACGAAGGCUUUUAACGAUCUCUCGAUCGUGUUUGUGUACGAUUUCCACGCCGGUGCUGAGACAUUGAUGCACAGACAUUUCACGCAACAGGGUCGUAUCAACGGCUUCAAUGCUCCCUUCAUGGGUCUCGACUCCCGCAGCUCACGACAGUUCCCUAAGGGAAAGAUGGCUGCAAACCGAGCUGCCCAGGCUGCCACAAAUCUGCUCCCAGAGUGUAUCAUCUGGAACUACAUCAUCCAGCUGACGUCUGCCCUUCGUACCAUCCACGCUGCUGGCCUCGCAUGCCGUGUCAUGGACCCUACCAAAAUACUCUUGACAAGUCGGUCGAGGCUUUGGUUGAAUUGCGUGGGUAUAUUUGAUGUCCUCGGCUUCGACUCGACGCAGAGCACCCCUCUUGCCAUGAUGCCGCACUAUCAGCAGGAAGACAUGGUGUCGUUAGGGAAGGUGGUGCUGGCGCUGGCGUGUAACUCGGUGUUUGCAAUCCAGCGAGAUCAUAUCCAGUCGUCGAUGGAACUCGUCGCAAGAAAUUAUUCCACGGAUCUUAAAAACCUCAUACUCUACUUGUUGACGAACCAUAACCGUGUACGGAGUGUGAAUGACAUCAUGCCAAUGGUGGGUGCGAGGUUUUAUACUCAGCUGGAGGCCAGCCAGUUAAUGAACGACGUCUUGGAAAAUGAACUGUCAAAGGAGGUGGAAAACAGUCGCCUGUUCCGCUUGGUCUGUAAGCUUGGCACGGUGAACGACCGGCCUGAGUUCCACAUGGAUCCGGCAUGGAGUGAGACGGGUGACCGGUACCUGUUGAAGUUGUAUCGCGACUAUCUGUUCCACCAAGUUGACGAAAACGGUGCUCCUUGGAUUGAUAUGGCCCAUGUGGUUCAGUCACUCAAUAAGCUUGAUGCGGGCACCCCUGAACGACUGUGCCUCACAUCACGUGACCAUCAAACUGUGUUAUUGGUGUCAUACGCCGAUCUCAAGCAGAGCUUUGAAGCGGCCUACAGCGAAAUUAUUCAAGCUAGUCAGAUAGCGGAGCAGCAGAGCGUUGGCACGCUAGCGUAACUGGUGAUUUCGAAAAGUUGUCCUGUUUUGUGCGAGACUAAUUAGAAUGAGGUUUGAUGAGGAGAUUAGUGUGAGAACGCUUUAGCUGCAACCCAAAAAUAACUCGUGAUGCUAUUAGAACUUGCACCAAUGUUCAUCACAGGUUGGUGGGGGCAUGGAGACAGCUUAUUGCAAGUAUUCAACAAGUGCAAUAGAUAGGUGGGUUUGAGUAUGGUACAAAUAUCUGGUAGACAAAAGAAUGAAUCAGUUGUAAGGUCGAUGGAUACCAAUAUAAUAGAUGGUUGAUGGCGUUGCCAGUUCUAUAUAAAGGUCUCACGCUAGUCUCAUUCUUAAUUUCAUUCUUUGUAGUUUGUCAAUAAAUUGCAGCAACUUUUAAAUAUCCAGUUCUUUACUCAAACAUUAUCAAACAUUGACUUAUACAGGCUUUGAAUCAUUGCCUUGUUUUAUCAGUUAGCUCAUACUGCCAAAACGCAACCCGUUUCUCAAGAGUGGUUGGUCGCUAGACUUUGAUUGUUCAUGUAAAUGAGAUGGUCCAUUUUUGAAGAAUGGGGAUAUGAGGCAUGUAGGUCUAGCUUGUGAUAAAUGCUGGAUACGCAGUCACUUCUCAUUAAAUGAUAUAUAGGACUUGUACAUGGAUUUAUAUUAUUGCAUACUAUUGAAUUGUCGAUGUUAUAAGUGACCGUAUAUGUUUUUAUACACACAUGGAAAUUACUGAGAAAAGAUUGUUUUUUUCUCAGUUACUGAGAAAACAUUAUUUGUUUAUUGUAAUAAUGUACUAUUUUUCUCUAAUCUGUUUUGAAAUUUUCAUAAAUAGAUUUAUUAUAAAAAAAUUCGAAACAAGAAUCAUGACACUGCUGCAGUGAUGCCGGUCAAAGGUCAAGGUUGCCUGUUGUCAGGGCUAUCAUGAAUAAUCAGCUGAGUUUUUGGUGAUGAAUCGUUUCUCUUUGAAUUUCAUAAAAGUUUAUCUAAGACAUGCGAUGUAACGGCCCUCCUUUACAGAGAUGGACCUACAUGUAUUCAUCUAAUUACACCUGACAAAAAUUGGUUGUUUUCAUGGUGGUGAAAAUGUCACCAAUUUGACUCGACUGUGGUCGUUGCCUGCAUGAAUACUGAACUAUUUAUGAAAUACCAUGAAGAGAAAAAGUUCUCUAGCGCAAGGGCUGGUAAAUUUAAGACGAGGUUGUAGCAGCAGUUGUGCAGAACAGUGUGGUAUCAUUGCAUUUAAACAGCUGCUGGCGUUGUCGGUGUGAAGCUGGCGAUUCGUGCAACGUUUUCUCGCCUGGUAGAGUUUUAAAAUGUCCACUGCUUUUCUGGUUUGUUCAGCCUGGCCAAAAUAUCUGGUUCCACAAGACCUCUUGGUCGGAAUCACCUUCAUAAGACUGAGAAUUUUGCUGUAUUUCCUCCAUGGUUUUGGAUUGGGAGAGGUAAAGAUUGACAAGGGCUCAAGUGUGGAGAUGCAUCACUAAGAUGUCUUUGGCUUUACGUGCAAAUUUGUACCGUGAGUUGACUAGCCAGCGUUGUAUCUUUGGAAUGUCACUACACCAAACGGAACCAGCAGCACCCGUUGUUUUAUGUGAAAUAGUGAAAAAGGUGGUUACUGUGUUAUGUAAGAGGGGGUUUGACCAUGACGUGUGUCCAAUUGAGGACACUCUAAACAAAACAGACAUUCCCAUGCCAGUAGGCUGUAAGGGAGUGGGGCUUUUUUAUCCGGGAAAAUGAGUGAGUUUAAAGUGAAUGUGACCCAAAUGAAGUUACUGGGAUCAGAUUGUCUUAUGGAAUUCUUUAGAGAAUUGCCGAUGAAUGUAUGGAAUUUUCCAGAGAAAUACAUUAGUUUUCCAUAUCAAUGCACUUGAAUUUGUAGAGAAUUCCACAUGAAGACAAUUUUGAUGGAUAUGAAUUUCUGCUCAGUUGGGUUGAAAUGGACACAGUUACAAUGAUCAUGUUUGUCUAGUCUCCCUGCAACGUUUACCUCGAGGGGAGUCAAUCAGGGAAAUACAAGACACCAUCAAACUGCACCGCGCAGUUUGUAAUAUUUUUUUACUGUAAUUUUUGUAUGCAUGAAAUUAUUUUGAAUUAUUGAAAAUUUAAGUGUUUGACACACUGACCCGGGCUUACAUGGAAUUCAUGUUGUCACUUGUCAGGGUUUGUGAGUCACGUGUCCAAUGUCAUGAGUAUGUACCCGUAGUUAAUUGACUUCAGCUUGAAAUCAUGACACGAGUGUCACCUAUGUAACCUACUCUUUGGAAAUGACUUGUUCUUCGUGUCACGUGUGGUAGUAUAGUGACACGUGACAUGUGUACUCUAUGUAAACCUGGCCUUGGCAGUGUAUUCGUUGAAAAUUUUAUUUUCUGAAAUUCCGUACAAAUUCCAUAGCAUUUGUGGGUUGAAAAUUAUACCAGUAUUUGAAGUGGGACAGAACUGAAACAGGUGUGGGGAGGGUUAAACGAUAGUAAAAAAAUGACACUUUGCCUUACCAUUAAACUUAGAUUAUGGACAGGAGGCUUUUGGCUCAAGAUUUGUUCAACCAAUUGUAUGGUCUGAUCAGACAUGGACGCAUAUACGUAGUAUUUUUCAUAUUGAAAAUUACAACCUUCCAAGAUUUAAAAUCAUUUUAUUGCUUAAUAUAGACCGCCAUUUUUGAUAGUCAGUUUGUAUAAAAUUGAAAGUUUUGUGGGUUGAUUCUUCAUCCAGUUGCAGGAAGUUUUAGCAAAGUUCUCUGCGGGUGUGUUGCCAACUUUUCAAACAUUUUCUUGUGAUCUGAACUGGUAAGAUCUGCUGGCAAAAAUGGGUGUAUUUGGAAGCCAGAUAUUAGAUAAAAGUUAACGUAUUAGAGACUGCUUAUUUUGAUAACCAGUUGAAAAAUGUUGAGAUUUUCUUCAGAGAACUUCAAACACUGGCUCUGUGCUGAUUAGGUCCUUAGAAAACUGGUACUCAACAAGCAACUGGGUUGACAUGGCCAUUUAUAGUACCCCUUUAUACAUGUACUCUGACCACCAGAACUUGUCUUUUGGCUAUAUAACUAUAAAACGUGUCUUAUUGGGUUGUUAACAAUGCUUUGGGAUUUCUGUGCAGUCAUUGGGCACUUUAAUAGCUUGAGGCCUAAAAAGUGUUGAUUUGGUUUACUACGUAACUUGUUUUUACCUAACUGUUGAUGCAACGCGCCACGCAAAUGAGAAAUUGUUGUCACUGCCACCUGCGAUCGAAUCAUGAUCACAUCCGACAAAAUAUCGCUCGUUUGCGUGGCACUUGAACAGUUACUGCAAACUGGUACUGCUUCUUGCAUUUUAAACGUAUUACAUGCGUAUGCUCAAUUCAGUGAACAGGGUUGCUGUGUUGUAAACCCAUUAAGUUAUACAUAUUGGAUAUUUAAGAAAACAGUGUUCAUAGUCUUGGUAAAAUGAUCUAACCAUGACAUCAUCUAUUAACAAAGUCAACUUCACCUGGUAAUAAUGUAACCGGUAACCCACCCACCCCCACCCUAUAGAUUUCUUAGUUGACCAAAACUGUGUCCCACUAUAAAAACCAUCACUUUUUAAGGCCUUAUAUAUCUGAUUCAACUGUCUAUUUAUCAUGCAUUUACGCAAUUAUUAAUUGAUAUUAUCAUUAAUUAAUGGUGGCAUAUUGUCAUUUUGUGCUACAUGUAUAUUGUCGAAAGUGGAUAUUUUAACAAUAUUUUCAAAAUGUUUAUUUGAUAAAAUAGGUUGUGUCAAAUGAAAUUUGCAUUGAACAGUUUGUCCAAAAAAGUGUGUCAGUGAUGCUAAACAUGGAAGUUGUUGGCACUAAGGAUCAAUGACAUCCCCCCCCCCCAACACCUGACUUCAAUCAUAUCAUGCCCUUUCAGAAGCCAUGGUCAAAGACACACCUGCAUUCAGGGGAUUACCUAUUUCAUUUUAUGACACUUCUUUGGGACACACUGUAAAGAUUGAUCGUUUUGCUUUCUGAAAUGAUUGGUGACUUCAACGCUUUUGUCCAAGUCAAGAAAAAGAAAGUGUCAAUGAACAAUAUUUGUGUCGAAGUGUAUCUGCAGCUCAAUUUAAAGUUCAGGCAACUAAAGCAAACAUAUUGUCGGUCAAACACUAGGUUUGCAAGAAAAAGUCUGUUUUUAUAUCUUUUGGAAAUUCGGGAGAAAAAAUCUUCAAGUAAUACUCAUGUCUGUGCUUAAAGGUCUACGCCAUUCAAAUUAGAAAUUAGAAAUUGAAUUUGAGAUUUUUUGAUUAUGAAAUGUGUGUAGAAAUUAUAGAUACUCUGUGUUGGUAAAUUUUCUGGUUACUGAACUGCGACAAUGUUCAUUCCUGUUCACUUGUGGCACAGACGAAGACAAUUUUCUUUAACGGCGUAGGCCUUUAAGACUUUCGACCACAUUCUCGAGAACAGUUUCAGUACAGUUCAGCUCUGUUUUAAAUGGUGCCAUCCAUAGGGAAUAAAAUCAAAAAAAUCUGUAAGAAUUUCCAAACAUACCGGUAUUCAUAUUCUGCUUGUGUGUCAUAUCAAAAAUGUGUAUGGCUCGCUUAUAUAUUUUUGGUAAUAUUGAUCUGAACCCCCAUAUCCUCAGUGUGGAAUGAGGGGUCCUUGUCCCUUCUUCUAAUGCACAAAAAAAACCUUCGGAGAUAUUUUGUGGGCUGACGAUUAACGAGUUCUAUGUCCACUUGAAAGAAAUGAUAUUAAGAAGAACUUCACCUUGAUAUUAUCAUUCAUGAGUUGUGAACUGAAGGCAUAUGGUCCGAUGUCCAAAUCAAACGACCGUGCAAUUUACCAACGUCUUUGUCCGAUGUGGAGAUGUGCCAAGUUAAUCUUCAGCCCACGAUUUGUUGGCCCUACUUGUCUAAAAUGAUAGUGAAUGCUCACAAAAAAGGUUAGGAUAACAUGCUGAGGCAGCCUAUGAGGGUAUCCUACUCAAAUGGUGAGAUUCUGUAUGGUAUGUUAUUAGUGACCAAAUUCCCUGUUUUUUUCUUUGAGUGUAUACCUAUUUGAUUUUGAGUGGCAGUACAACAUUCCCUUCUCCUGCAGCUGCUGGCGAAUUCAUUUUGUCACUUCAACUCUUUUUAUACCAGGGGUAUCCAAGAAACACUCAUGAUUUAAGUAGGUUGUAGCUAUCAGACACCCUAUUGGGCUGGGAGUCUGUAAAGAGAGUGUUUGGGGUUAAACCCUGGCGCUGAAUAUGUUGAAGAUAACACAGAAUAGGCAUGGUGUUUUCCUAAUGGAAUGUCAAUUCCUUUCAUUUUGUUUCAAUUUAUUCCUUUCAAUGGAAGUGGUUGCCCUGCCUUGAAUUAUGAUUUGGGCCAAUUUUCUAAAAAAAAACCGUAGUCCCUUUAAAGUUUCAGAGGUCUUGAGGGUUUUUCUGUCCCCUCAGUGGUGACAGGCUAAAAUUUCCUGCCAUUAUUUAUUGCCUAUCUACCCUUAGACUCUUAAUUGGACCCAUCCUUUUCAUUAAAAGUGACCGGACCAUUUGAGAUUUAAGGGUGUUGGCGUGUUCAGUGCUGGUGAUUUAUACUUGAGGUAUUCGUUGUAGAAGGAAUAUGCAAGAAGAUGUAACUAAUUGUAAAAUGAGGCUUGUACAGAGUUAUUUUUUAGAAAUAAAGCAUUCCUAUUUAAGAUGA